GGCAGCGCGGUCGGCGGCGCCUAUUUCCCGCCAUUGUGCGAAGUGGAGGUUGGGGUCCCGCACGCGCCGCCUGCCCGUCGCCGGCAGCUCCUCGGCUGCCGCCGCCACAGCCGCGGUUCUCUGAGGCUCGGGGAGGCCGGGCGGCCCGUGCCGCGAGGCUCACCCUGCGUGGGAGGGUGCGGACGAGGAGCGGCCGAGCCCCAGCGGAGGAGCCGCGGCGCCGGACGCCGGGCCGCGCCGGCCCCGGCCCGUCGGCGAGAUGCCCUGUGGAGAGGAUUGGCUGAGCCACCCGCUGGGGAUCGUGCAGGGCUUCUUCGCUCAAAAUGGAGUUAAUCCUGACUGGGAGAAGAAAGUAAUUGAAUAUUUUAAGGAAAAGCUGAAGGAAAAUAAUGCUCCUAAAUGGGUACCAUCAUUGAAUGAAGUUCCCCUUCAUUAUUUGAAACCUAACAGUUUUGUGAAGUUCCGUUGCAUGAUUCAGGAUAUGUUUGACCCUGAAUUUUACAUGGGAGUUUAUGAAACUGUUAACCGAAACACAAAAGCACGUGUUCUUCAUUUUGGAAAAUAUAGAGAUGUAGCAGAGUGUGGGCCUCAGCAAGAAGUUGAUUUAAACUCUCCACGAACUACCACUUUGGAAAGACAGACUUUCUAUUGUGUUCCAGUGCCUGGAGAAUCUAUGUGGGUAAAAGAAGCCUAUGUUAAUGCAAACCAAGCUCGAGUCAGUCCUUCAACAUCCUACACUCCCAGUCGCCACAAGAGGAGUUAUGAAGAUGAUGAAGAUAUGGACCUACAGCCCAACAAACAGAAAGAUCAACAUGCAGGUGCCAGACAAGCAGGGGGUGUUGGUGGUCUUCAGUGGUGUGGAGAGCCAAAGCGUUUAGAAACUGAAGCUUCUACUGGGCAGCAGCUGAACUCCCUGAACCUCUCUUCUCCCUUUGAUCUGAAUUUUCCACUGCCAGGAGAGAAGGGUCCUGCCUGCCUCGUGAAGGUCUAUGAAGACUGGGAGUGUUUUAAAGUAAAUGAUGUUCUCGAGUUAUAUGGCAUACUAUCUGUGGAUCCUGUGCUAAGUAUACUGAAUAAUGAUGAAAGGGACGCCUCUUCACUGCUGGAUCCAAUGGAAUGCACGGACACGGCCGAAGAACAGCGGGUGCACAGCCCUCCUGCCUCCCUGGUGCCGAGAAUCCACGUGGUCUUAGCCCAGAAGCUGCAGCACAUCAAUCCGUUACUGCCUGCUUGCCUUAACAAGGAGGAGAGCAAAACCUGUAAGUUUGUUUCCAGUUUCAUGUCUGAAUUGUCUCCAGUCAGAGCAGAACUGCUGGGGUUCCUCACUCACGCCCUUCUGGGAGACAGUUUGGCUGCUGAAUACCUUAUAUUACAUCUCAUCUCUACAGUAUAUACAAGAAGAGAUGUUCUUCCACUGGGAAAAUUUACUGUUAACUUGAGUGGUUGCCCACGGAAUAGUACCUUCACAGAACACCUGUAUCGAAUUAUUCAACAUCUAGUUCCAGCAUCUUUUCGUCUGCAGAUGACUAUAGAAAACAUGAACCGCUUGAAAUUCAUUCCCCACAAAGACUAUACAGCCAAUCGUUUGGUCAGUGGGCUCCUUCAGCUGCCCAGCAAUACUUCUCUCAUCAUUGACGAGACUCUCCUGGAGCAGGGGCAGCUCGACACGCCAGGUGUUCAUAAUGUGACUGCCUUGAGCAAUCUAAUAACUUGGCAGAAGGUGGAUUACGACUUCAGCUACCACCAGAUGGAAUUCCCUUGUAAUAUCAACGUUCUUAUUACUUCAGAGGGGAGAUCACUCCUGCCGGCAGACUGCCAGAUCCACUUACAGCCACAGCUGAUUCCUCCCAACAUGGAGGAAUACAUGAACAGCCUCCUCUCAGCGGUGCUGCCUUCUGUGCUGAAUAAAUUCCGCAUUUAUCUGACCCUUUUGAGGUUCCUGGAUUAUAGUAUAUCUGAUGAAAUAACCAAGGCAGUUGAAGAUGACUUCGUGGAAAUGCGCAAGAAUGAUCCUCAGAGCAUUACUGCUGACGACCUGCACCAGUUGCUCAUUGUAGCUCGGUUUCUGUCUCUCAGUGCUGGUCAGACAACGUUGUCAAGAGAACGAUGGCUAAGAGCAAAACAGCUAGAGUCCUUAAGAAGAACCAGACUUCAACAGCAGAAAUGUGUGAAUGGAAAUGAACUUUAAAGAUCUGACACCUAUGAAAAAGUAAUGGGCAGAUUAUAGCCACAUUAUUAUAAAAUUCAAGUAUCAUUUAUACCAUUUUUUUGUAGAUAAUUUGUAUCAAAAACCAAUGACUUUUCCUGAAAUCAAGCCUGGUAACAUCUAAAGUUUAUAUAAUAUUCAGUAAGGGCUUUUACCUUACUGAUUUUAUGGAGCUUUUGAAGUUUGUUUUAUAAUUAUAAAAAUUAGUAACGAUGUACAAAAAUGUAUUUGAUAUUAAAAGUUUAAUAUUGAUAAUGUUGCUGAUUAUACCAUUUCCUUAGCUUCAGCUAAGUCAUAGGACAGACUGUUGAAAUGCUAACAUCAACUUCAUCUGACGAAAAUUGUUGCAAUUCCAAAGUGAAGGGAAUUGUUCACUUCAGAUUUUUGUCUUUCCAGUGAACAGUGAGUCUGAUGUGUUUAGUGGUCCAAGUUUGGGGGAUGGCCAAAUGCCAUUAAUUCACAUGAUGAUGUGAAAUUCUGUAGUAUCAUUUCCCAAACAUCUGACCACAGCUUUUUUCCAUUUAACAGUUGUUAACAUGCAAAACAAGUCUUUUACAUGGCAGUGGUUCCCACACUUUUGGGUUUCAUGGACCAGUAAUAUUUCCAAAAAUUGUGGGGAUUGACAGGGUUGCCAAUUUAUUUUGCCAAGUAAUCUGAAAAGUCACUGUAUUAUCACCAUUUUUUUUCAUAAAAGGACAAUCUCAGAACAAGAGAUAGUUCUUUAAAUGGAAUAAAUGUAGCUUUUUGAAAAAAAAAAAAAAAACACUACAUUGUCCUUAUUUUUCUCACUUUACUCCAGUGCAUUUGGGAACCACUGUUUUAUGGGACUCACCUAAGGGAAUGCUUCCUGCCCUAUGACGUUGUUCUGCCCAAAUAUGAAGAGCGCAAAUCAAUUACCUUUUAAAAAAAUGCCUUCUUUAGGGAAAAAAUGGUUUUUAAUUCUUUUCCUAAUAAAUGUCAUUUAGUUGCUUUGAUGAUUACUUUGCAUUUUGAGCUUUUUAUAUAUAAGUUUAUCAACAAGUUCCAGAUGCGUCAGAUCAGCUAACACUAUCUGCUGGCCCAGGAACGCCCUGACAAAAGCUGUAGGCAGGCUUUCCCCAGACCAGCUAACAGCUGCGAGCUUUUACAGGAACAAAAAUACUACCCAUGGCUAGAAAGCAAAUUCUUACAGCGCAGUAGUUGUAACUGUGGCAUCAGGAAUCUCUGGAGGGGGCAGAACAUUAAGCUAUCACUGGCUAUAUCUAAAGAUUAGUUUCUUUUAGUCAGUAACUUAGUUGGAAACAUAAAAUUCUGCACGCGCACACACACACACCCCUAGGCCUAAACUGACACUGCUAACCAAGAAAACAGGGUCAGCUUUGAAAAAGGAGAAAUUUAUUAUGCCUGAUGAACUGAAGUGAAAAUUACUAGUUGUUUAACUUUUCCUAAAUUCAAAUCUAUUUUUAUAAACUAAUGUAAAUAAUCUGUUUAUAUUUAGAAUUCUAACUAGUUUUCAUUUUUGUAACUGGUAGACUAGACCUUCCUUAAACUGUUAGAAAUAAAGGCUCAGCCGGAUUUGUGAGAAUAAAAUUCAACAGAGUAGAUUAGUUACCAUGUGUUUAUUGUGCCAAUGGGAAUUGUAAUUUACCAAAGAGAAAUACAUAAUUUGCUUGGUCUUAAAGAAAAGGAAAACCCUCUUGCAAAUAAAAAAAACUUCCCAAAUUA